AUGGCGUCCCAGGGCUCGAGCCAGAUCAGCGCGGAGCAGCUGGAGACGCUGUCGCGCGUGUCCGCGCUCGCACGAGCGGAGCCCUGCGUUGCGGCUUUUUCGCGGGAAGUGGGGACGGUGCAGUCGUCGUUCGCCUUCGUGUCGCCGGAGCCGUCGUUUUCGGAGGCAGGCGCCACGCCCGGGACCGAUGACGCGCCGGGGUCGCAGUCCCAGGCCCGUCAAUCCCACUACCGCUCCCCAGUGACGUUCGCGGGCUAUCUGAUGAACAAGCGACAGUACGAGGAGGAGCAGGCGAUACUCGAGGCAUUCGUCUCGCAGUUCUCGGAUCAGUAUGCCUUCACAACCGACGAAACACUGGCCGGACCGUGCAGGGAGCUCCUGACGUUCCUCCUCGCGGCGCGCCUCUCGUCCAAGAAGUUCCGCCUGCAGUGGCCCCGCGCGCACGUCCUGGCCGUCGUGCAGUGCCUCCGCGUGCUCAUGCGCGACUCCGCGCUCCAGAAGGUGCUCGUCGAGCUCGGCGGCGUCGAGAUCAUUGCCCUCGAGGUUGCGCGGCUGACGCACAUCCACCUGGGCAUGUCCGAGGAGCCGGACCCGCUCGGGCGCCGCACGACCCCGGGGCGCGUGUCGCGCUUCGGCGAGCUCCCCCCCUCGAAGCGCAUGACUCGGCACAAGUCGAGCAACUCGCUGGCGGAGGGCAGCGCGCGGCGGCGGACGUCGGAGCGGACGCCCCCCGCGGUGCUGCUGCGGCGGAGAUUCCGCAGCGUGGCGCACGGGUUCGCGACGCUCGAGGGUGCGGACGGCGAAGGUGCGAAGGCGGAACACAACAGCAGGAGUGCGGUGGAAGACACUGUGGGGGCUCUGGAGAGCUUCGCGGAGGACCAGAGCAGCUCGUCGGACGAGGAGGAGACCGCGGACAUCAUGGAGGACCUGUUCGUGGCGGAGAUGCUCGCGGAGUACGGCUCGAUGCUGCGGCGGCUCGCGGCGGCGACGGAGUGGCGUGAGACCCUCGCGCUGGCCGGAGUCCCCACGCUCCUGACUCAGCUCCUGCGGUCGCGGGACGCGACGCUCCUGCCGCUCGUGCUCGUCGCGCUGCGGCACCUCGCCGCGGACAAGUCCGUCCUCGAGACCAUCGCGGCCACCACGGACGCCCCGGAGGUGUUGAUGGAGAUGUUGCGCUCAUACCCCUCCCCCCUCCGCGACCUCGCGCUGGGGCUCAUCCUCCCUCUCGCGCGGCACUCGGUGUUCCGCGGCGACCUCCUCGAGCUCGACGCGGUGCCCGUCGUCCUCGGGCUCCUCGGCGCGAACCCGGGGGGGGAGUUGUGUGUUCUACUCCUGAAGACGAUGUGCGCGCUGAUCGUCGGGCCGCAGGGCGUGCAGGAGGCGCGCACGUACGGCGCGAUCCCCGUGCUGCUCGCGUGCCUCGCCAAGGACUCCGGCGCGCCGCCCCCCGGCGCCCGGCUGCGCUCCGCGUGGGUGACUGCGCGCUGCUCCACCGUGUCGCUCACGUGCACGGCGAUCACGCGGCUGAUCGAGGACAUCGACGGCGCGUACCAGGUGCGGCAGAACAACGGCAUCUACGUCCUCGGGUGGCAGCUGAUCGACCCGCUGGGGGUGCGCGUGGAGGCGAAGGCGGGCGCGGCGCCGGCGAGCGUCCUCGGGGACGGCCCGGCGAAGAACCCGCCGCGCGAUGCGCGCAAGGCUCUCGAGGACAUGACGGUCGCUGCGCUGGAGCGCUACGAGACGCUGCCGCCGGCGUUGAGCAGCCGCGUGGACACCGUGCGCGCGUGGGUCAUGCGGGCCCUGCGGUUCAUGUUCUCCGUCGAACGGCACCGAAAGGUAUUCAAGCGCCUGCUCCCCGCGGGCCUCUUCGGCUCCUUCAUCGACAUCGGCAACUACGAGCCGGACCCGCGCAAGUACCAGCCCGCGGUGCAGGCCUUCAACUCCCUGGGCGCUCGCGGCGCGGUGGCGCUCGCGUGCGGGCUGGAGGACCACAAGGCCGCGGAGGAGGGCGAGCGCGAGGUCGUGCAGCGGUACGAGAUCGUCGAGCUCCUGGGCCGCGGGGCGUACGGCGCAGUGUACAAGGCACGCAAGCAGGGCGAGGAGGGCGAGAUGGUGGCGCUGAAGGAGAUAUCGAUGGAGAACACGCAGCUGUUCGGACAGACGCAGCGCGAGAAGGACCUCGGCGUGGGGCAGAUGUGCCGCGAGAUCGAGAUCCUGGCGGGGUUGGAUCACCCGAACAUCGUCAAGUACCACGAGUCGUUCGUGGCGCGGAACAGGCUCUGGAUCGUCAUGGAACUCAGCGAGGGCGCGUCGCUGCUGGACUACAUCACGGACGUGCGGGAGAAGGGGCAGCGAAUACCGGAGGACCACGUGUGGCAGUGUCUCGUGGCCGUGGUCACCGCGCUCGACUACGUCCACAACGCGCGCGGCGUCGUGCACCGCGACCUGACCCCCGGGAACAUCAUGCUCGGGCUGCACGGCGAGGGCGGCAGCGCAGCGUCCUUCCGGCGCGCCAAGGUGACGGACUUUGGUCUGGCGCGGGAGCUGACGCAGACCAUGAGCGUCGCUGCGUCCAUGUGCGGCACCGUGCCGUACAUGUGCCCGGAGAUGAUCCAGAACGAGAGGUACUCGGCCAAGGCCGACAUGUGGUCGCUCGGGUGCGUCGUGUACCACAUGAUGAUGCUCCGACCGCCGUUCGAGGGCAACAACCCCCUCGCGAUCGCCUCCCGCAUCGUCGAGGGCCGCUUCGACCCCCCCCAGGAGCCCCCCGGGACCCCGCGUCAGCUCUACAGCGACGAGCUCCGCGCCCUGUGCCUCGCGCUCCUCACCCCGGACCCCAGCCGCCGCCCAGGCGCCCGCGACGUCGUCGCGAUGGCCGCGGGCCGCGUCCUCGAGGCCAUGACGGCGUGCCGGGAGGCGGAGGAGGUGUGGGAGCGCCGGUGGGGGUUGGAGCGGGCGAAGCGGAUGCGGGCGCAGGAGCACUACCGCCGCGUGCAGAACGUCGUGGACAUCACUGCGGCGGCGCCGGCGCCGGCGCCUGCGGAGCGGGACCUGCUCGGGGGCGCGACGGACGGGAACGACAGCUCGAACGCAGUGACGCCGACGCAGCACGGGGUGACGCACUUCCCGACGGGGUCCGACGGGGCGGGGAACUCAGCGAAUGGGAACGCUGUGGGCGGGGAGGGCGAGGCGGCGGCGAUGGGGCCGGAGACGCCGCGGCUGCUGCCGACGCGCGGCGCGAGUGGGAGCGGUGCGCUGGCGCCGCCGACGCGCAAGGGGCGCGUGCGGGUCGGGUCACGGACGAUCACGAUCACGAGCGACCGGCUGCGCCCGAUCGACGAUCCCGUCGUGCAGAUGCUGCACGUGUUGCACAAGGUGUUGUACAUCGAUCAACUCCCCCCGGGACCGUCACGGGACUGGAAGCGACGGUGCGUCGAGCGGUUCCGGAAGCACCUCUUCCAUCCGAUGCAGCACGGGGCGUCCAUCAAGACACAGCUGUCCAAGCUCGUGUCGGGGUCGCAGGAUCUGAUCGACCUCACGUUCCGCGUCGAGCAAGGCGAGAACGGCACCAGCGGGCUCAGCAACGGGGACGGCGGGGCCCAGGGGCGCACGGGCACCGCGGGGCGGGGGAAGCGGCAGGAGCGGCGGCUCACGUACGACGCGCUCAUGGGCAUCAUCCACGACGUCUUGCAGGACACAGGGUUCCACGCGGCGCGCCGGCAAGGGCUGGGGCGCGCGCAUGCCGCCAACGCGUCCGUGCGGGGCAACCUGGACGCGAACCUCCCGAUCCGCGCGGCCCAGAACAGCACGAUCCUGGACCACGUGUGA